UUUUGUCAGCCAUUUCCUACACUGAUCCAUUGCCAGAGUCUUUGCAUCGCACUGGACGCCCUGUCUGGCCUCGCCUUCAUCUGUCCGGGAUUAGUAAACAGCGACGGCUCCUGCAAAGACGGUACCCGGGUGGAUGAGAGACAGUGUAGCGGGUCGGCCAGCACCCCCCCAGACCUCUUGUCAGGCGCUCAGUCCCGUAGGACAGAAGCCAUAAAGUCACAGACAUGGCUUUGAAGAUUGUCAAAGGGAGCAUCGACCGAAUGUUCGAUAAAAACCUCCAGGAUUUAGUACGUGGCAUUAGGAAUCACAAGGAGGAUGAGGCCAAGUACAUCUCCACCUGCAUCGAUGAGAUCAAGCAGGAGCUCAAGCAGGACAACAUCGCCGUCAAGGCCAACGCCGUGUGCAAGCUCACCUACCUUCAGAUGCUGGGCUAUGAUGUCAGCUGGGCUGCCUUUAACAUUGUGGAGGUCAUGAGCUCCUCCAAGUUCACGUACAAGCGGAUUGGCUACCUGGCUGCUUCACAGUGCUUCCACGAGAGCACUGAUGUCAUCAUGCUGACAACCAAUCAGAUCCGGAAGGACCUCAGCAGUCCUAACCAGUAUGACACAGGCGUUGCCCUUACUGGCCUUUCUUGUUUCGUGACCCCUGACCUGGCUCGUGACCUGGCCAACGACAUCAUGACUCUGAUGUCGCACACCAAGCCCUACAUCAGGAAGAAAGCGGUGCUGAUCAUGUACAAGGUGUUCCUCAAGUACCCAGAGUCUCUGCGCCCCGCCUUCCCCAGGCUUAAGGAGAAACUGGAGGACCCCGACCCAGGUGUCCAGUCGGCAGCGGUGAACGUGAUCUGUGAGCUGGCCAGGAGGAACCCCAAGAACUACCUGUCUUUGGCCCCACUGUUCUUCAAGCUCAUGACCUCCUCCACCAACAACUGGGUCCUCAUCAAGAUCAUCAAGCUGUUUGGAGCCCUCACACCUCUAGAGCCUCGCCUGGGGAAGAAGCUGAUUGAACCCCUGACCAAUCUCAUCCACAGCACCUCCGCGAUGUCUCUUCUGUAUGAAUGUGUCAACACUGUGAUCGCAGUGUUGAUCUCCUUAUCGUCUGGAAUGCCCAACCACAGUGCUAGUAUUCAGCUCUGUGUCCAGAAACUGCGCAUCCUGAUUGAAGACUCGGACCAGAACUUGAAGUACCUGGGCCUGCUGGCCAUGUCCAAGAUCCUGAAGACCCACCCCAAGUCUGUCCAGUCCCACAAGGACCUGAUCCUCCAGUGUCUGGACGACAAGGACGAGUCCAUCCGCCUGCGAGCCCUGGACCUGCUCUACGGCAUGGUGUCCAAGAAGAACCUGAUGGAGAUCGUGAAGAAGCUGAUGCUGCACGUGGACAAGGCAGAGGGCACGACCUACAGAGACGAGCUUCUCACCAAGAUCAUCGACAUCUGCAGCCAGAGCAACUACCAGUACAUCACCAACUUUGAGUGGUACAUCAGCAUCCUGGUGGAGCUGACCCGGCUGGAGGGAACGAGGCACGGCCACCUCAUCGCCUCCCAGAUGCUGGACGUGGCCAUCCGGGUCAAGGCCAUCCGGGAGUUCGCCGUGGCGCAGAUGGCCACCCUGCUGGACAACGCCCACCUGCUCACCGGCAACACGCAGCGCAACGGCAUCUGUGAAGUGCUGUACGCCGCCGCCUGGAUCUGCGGGGAGUUCUCCGAACACCUGGAGAACCCUAUGCAGACCCUGGAGGCCAUGCUGAGGCCCAAGGUGGCCACGCUGCCGGGCCACAUCCAGGCCGUGUACGUGCAGAACGCCGCCAAGCUGUUCGCCACGGUGCUGCGGAGCCAGGAGGGCAACACGGACCGCACGGCGGCGCAGGAGACCAGCCAGCUGAUGAUCGACCGGCUGCCCCUCUUCGUGCAGAGCGCCAACCUGGAGGUGCAGGAGAGGGCCUCCUGCAUCCUGCAGCUGGUGAAGUACAUCCAGAAGCUGCAGCAGAAGGACGUGGAGGUGGCCGAGGAGGUCAAUGCGCUGUUCGCUGGCGAGCUCAACCCCGUGGCCCCCAAGGCGCAGAAGAAAGUGCCUGUCCCCGAGGGCCUAGACCUGGACGCCUGGAUCAACGAGCCGCCGUCCGAGAGCGAGUCAGAGGACGAGAAGCCCAGGACCAUGUUCACCCGGGAGGAGACCAAGCACUCCCGGCCGCGGCACACCGAGGUGGACGAGAAGGAGCUGGCCAAGAGAAGAGAGGUGAGGAAGCAGGAGCAGGCCAGCAACCCCUUCUACAUCAAGUCCUCCCCAUCCUCCCAGAAGGUUUACCAGGAGGCUCCUGGAGUGGACCACAUCCCCGUGGUGCAGAUUGACCUCAGCGUGCCUCUGAAAGUCCCCGGUCUGCCCAUGUCCGACCAGUACGUGAAGCUGGAGGAGGAGCGCCGGCAGAAGGACCGGGCAGACAAGAAGAAGAAGGAGAAGAAGAAGAGGAAGGAGAAGGGCGGCCGGCGGGGCAAGCGGGACUCGGGCCCCGAGAGCGAGGAGGACAUCACGCCGGCGCACAUGGUGGACAUCGUCACGGAGGAGAUGCCAGAGAAUGCCUUGCCCAGUGAUGAUGAUGACAAAGACCCCAAUGACCCCCACAAGGCCCUAGACAUCGACUUGGACAGUUUGGUGGCUGCUGCCCGGCGCAGACCACUGGCUGACAGCGAGAAGCUUCCAGUGCGGUCCCACCGAUCCUCUGAAGCCCUGAAGACCAUGGCGGAGGAGGUGGAGGUCGUCGCCCCGCAGGAGGCAAAGAAGAAGGGCGGCAAGGAGAAGAAGGAGAAGAAGAAGGACAAGGAGAAGGACCGCAAGAAGAGCAAAGAGGAGAAGAAGAAGAAGAAACACAAGCACGAUGAGGGAGAGGAAGAUCUGAUGGGGGGUCAGACGGAAGAACCUAUGGUCCAAUCGGAGACGACCAAUGAUGUGGUGGCUCCGCCCCCAACCACCACUGCUGAGGUUUCGGAUCUGGAUUUCUGGCUCUCAAACGCUCCAGUGCCCUCUAACUCUCAGGAAGUGGCCGUAACCGCGGUUACCGCACCGGCAGCAGCAGCAGCAGCAGCAGCAGCAGCAGCAGCAGCAGCAGCAGCAGCGGCGGCCGCCGUUCCCCCUGCGGCUUCUGGCUCGGCGCCAGACUCGGAGCCUGAUGAACCCAAAGACGCGGAGGUGGACGAGAGCAAGUCCUCCAAACACAAGAAGAAGAAGCAGAAAAAGGAGAAGGAGGAGAAGGAUAAGAAGAAGAAGAAGAAGCAUCACCACCACCGUCACCAUAGCGACGGGGCCGGAGAGGAGUCUGUGCAAAAUGGCACCGUGGAGGAGGAGGAGGAGCCUCUGCCGCCCAUGUCCAAUUACUGCCUGCUGGCCGAGAACUCCUACAUCAAGAUGAUGAUGGAGGAUGCCGAUACGGUGUGUGACAUCCAGGGCAACCUGCAGGACGGGAGUCAGGUGGUGGUGUCGCUCAUCUUCGAGAACAAGUGUGACAGCUUCCUCAAGGCGAUGGAGUUCAACGUGCUGGACUCUCUGAACUCCAGGCUGCAGCGGCCUGACGGCGCGGGCCCUCAUGACGGCCUCACCGUGCCCUUCCAGCUGCCUCCCGGGGUGUCAAACGAGGCGCGCUUUGUGUUCACCGUUAAGAGCAUCGUGAUGCCUCAGAAACUGAAGGGAACCCUGGCCUUUAUAGUCAAGAAUGAAGACUCCUCCACCCAUGAAAAACUGGACUUCAAACUGCACUUUACCUGCACUUCCUACCUGAUCACCACUCCUUGUUACAGUGAUGCGUUUGCAAAGUUGCUCGAGUCGGGAGACCUGAAGGCCAGCUCUGUCAAGCUGGAGGGAAUCGUCAUGCCCUUCCCGCACCUGCUGGCCCGCAUCUGCUUCCACCAUCACUUCUCUGUUGUGGAGAGGAUCGACUCCUGUGCCUCCAUGUACAGCCGCUCCAUCCAGGGUCACCACGUGUGUUUGCUGGUCAAAACUGCUGAUCAGACCGUGUCCAUCGACGCUAAGUGUGACGAGCCGUCGCUGCUGAGCAACGUGCUGGAUGAGAUAAAGCUGACGUUCUCUCAGUGCUGAUUGUGUCUGGAGGCUGCAGGGUGCAACCCACCCCACCACCAAAAC